AUGCUGCCAUCUCAAGAAGCCUCCAAGCUCUACCAUGACAAUUACAUGAGAAACUCAAGAGCCAUAGGCGUGCUUUGGGCCAUCUUCACUAUCUGCUUUGCCAUCAUCAACGUGGUGGUCUUCAUACAACCCUACUGGAUAGGGGACAGCGUUAAUACACCCAAGCCCGGCUACUUUGGGCUCUUCCACUACUGUGUGGGCAAUGGAGGGGGGAACAGGGAAUUUACCUGCCGGGGAUCCUUCACCGACUUCAGCACCAUCCCCUCUGGAGCCUUCAAAGCAGCUGCCUUCUUCGUGCUGCUGUCCAUGGUGCUGAUCCUGGGCUGCAUUACCUGCUUCGCCCUGUUCUUCUUCUGCAACACGGCCACUGUGUACAAGAUCUGCGCCUGGAUGCAGCUGUGUGCAGGUAAAUGGGGGAAGGGCUGGGGAUGGGGGGCAAACUGUAGGCAAUAG